GUCUUCCGAUUUCAGUCGUCGUUAGGGUUUUGAGAUUAGACAACAGUCCCAUUCUCAGAAAACCCCUCAGUCCCGCUCAACUCAACCCUCGCGUCUCCGGCGUUCAGAAAUUCGCAGAGAUGAGCAGAUCCGGUCAGCCUCCGGAUCUCAAGAAAUACAUGGACAAGAAGCUUCAGAUUAAGCUUAACGCAAAUAGAAUGGUCAUGGGAACACUUCGUGGUUUCGACCAAUUCAUGAACCUGGUCGUUGAGAACACAGUAGAAGUGAACGGGAAUGAGAGAAACGAUAUCGGCACAGUGGUUAUUCGAGGCAACAGCGUGGUUACUGUGGAGGCUCUUGAACCAGUGAACAAAUCGUAACUGAGUGUACCCUAUAUCUAUUAUGCGGAUCAAUGGACUCUCAAUUAGCAUGUAGUUUUGGAUGCUGUUAUAAAUGCUACUAUUCAGUGGAUGUAAUCCAAUGUAUUCAAGAGUAUACUAAGCUUCCAUCCUGUGCAUGAUUUCUGAUGUGAGUGCUACUACCAAAACAAUUCCAAAUCUCUGAUAAUGGAUAUAUCAACAGCAGCCGUUGGAGUUCGCACGAUCUCCUUUUUUCCUUC